GCAAGUGGCCUCAGUCUGGCAGCGUCAGUCAGUGUGUGUUUACAAUUGGUCGCGGCAGGAUCGAGGCUGACCGUACACUAGCGUCUGUUGUGUCAGGGUGUUAACACAGAGAUGGUACAGUUUAUCGGGACUUACAAGCACGAGAGUGAUGAAAACUUGGAGGAGGUAUUUAUUAAGAUGGGAAUGGGGUUCCUGAUGCGGAAGCUUGCGUUGAGGAGUAAGCCGACGGUGGAGGUGGAGGUGGACGGGGACACGUGGACCAUCACGACCAAGGUCACAGUCAGGACCAUGAUCUGGACCUUUAAGCUGGGAGAAGAGACCUUCGUCGACAGCACCGAGGGAACAGUCAAGGUGGUGUUCUCGGUGGAGGAUGACAAGCUGAUACAGACGCCCGUGGAGAACCAGGGAGACCGAGUCAUGACCUCCGUGCGGCAUUUCACUUCUGACGGCCUUAUUCAGACACUGACCCACACGGCCUCAGGCACCGUCGCCACCAGACACUAUAAGAGGGUCUGAGGCAUCACUGCUGAGAUUUAACAUAAUCCACACGUAUGGGGGUAUGGGGAGGUGAUGGAUGAGAGCUACAGCUACAGUAUGUGCCACUGGCUGCCUCCAUCUGUGCUGCUAACACAGGCCGGAAUUGGUCUUCUGAUACUUUUUCAACAGUUUUAAAUAAAUAAAUUAUUUUGUCAAAAUA